AUGACCAGGCCUGACCUGUCCUACGCGGUGCAACAAGCCUGCCUGUCCAUGCACGACCCGCGUGCCCAGCACCUUGCGCUGGUGAAGCGCAUAUUGUGGUACGUUCGCGGCUCGUCGACACACGGACUCCACAUUCGUCGCUCGUCCUCCCUCGACCUCGUCGCCUACUCCGACGCCGACUGGGCCGGCUGCCCGGACACGCGCCGCUCGACAUCCGGCUAUGCUGUCUUCCUCGGCGACUCGCUUAUCUCCUGGUCGUCGAAACGGCAGCCCACCGUCUCCAGGUCCAGUGCGGAGGCGGAGUACCGUGUGGUCGCCAACGCCGCUGGCUCCGUCAACUUCUCGGCGAGCUCCACAUGCCUCUGCCCAAGGCCACCGUGGUUUCAUCGUCGACGCACGAAGCACAUCAAGCUCGACAUCCACUUCAUGCGCGAGAAGGUGGCUCUCGGGCAGCUGCGUGUUCUCCACGUCCCGACGACGCAGCAGUUCGCCGACGUGAUGACCAAAGGCCUCCCGUCUCCUGCAUUUCAAGAGUUUUGGUCCAGCUUGUGCAUCCGCCCUCCGGACGCUCAAACUGCGGCGGGGUGUCAACCGAAACCCUCUUGA